AUGAUACUUGAUAACUGGAUACUUAUUACACUGUGCAUCCUUGUCGCUGCAUAUAAAAACCUACCCUUCGUGUGGUUUAUUCGUUUCCUUCGAGCUCUAAUCACACGGCUUUUCAUAACCCCAAUCACACACAAGGAACUCAGCCCAGAAUGCCUUUUUCUUCCAGCAGUCCAUCGCAUGCGAUCCCCACUCACAGAAUGCGACUACAACAUCCACAAGUCCAACUCGACCUACUUCACCGAUCUCGACAUCUCCCGCGGCAAUCUGAGUCUCCUGCUAUUCAGCCAACGCCUGUCGUUCCGCCCUACUCCAACGACUGCAGUCAUGAUCCUGAGCGGAGUGCAGAUCGUCUUCCGCAGAGAGAUUAAGCCCUACCAGCCGUACGAAGUCUGGUCCCGGGUUCUCAGCUGGGACGAGAAAUGGAUCUACAUUGUGUCGCAUUUUGUGAAGAGAGGCGCAUUCCCCCAUCGCAGGUUCUUGCUGCAGCCGAAUACACCCGGGGACCGUACACGGCCGAAGCCUGGUACCGAUACAUCGCCGGAGAAACAGGUGUUCGCAUCCGCUGCGUCCCGGUAUGUGUUUAAGCAGGGGCGUAAGACUUUUCCGCCGGAGCAGAUGCUUGUUGAAUGUGGUCUUUUACCUUCUAAGGAUAGUAUGUCUGAAGGCGAGGGAGUGGCUACGUGGAGCGGGAUUGAAGAGCGGAGAAAGCGGGAUUUGGAAGCUGCGCAGUUGAAGAUCGGAUGGGAUGCCGUGCAUAAUACUUUUGAUGGGGAUGCUACUAAGGUGCUGGGUCGGUAUACUGAUCUCCUGUGGCGAUGA